CGGCCCCGGCGCGCGCGGCGCUCGGUUGAAGCAGGAGUGAGUUCCUGGGCGAGGAGACCCGGCGGCGCGCGAGCGGGACAGCGGGCGAGCGCCUCCUCUAUCCGCCAUGGCAGCCCUGCGCUACGCCGGCCUGGAUGACACGGACAGCGAGGAUGAGCUGCCCCCGGGCUGGGAGGAGAGAACCACCAAGGACGGCUGGGUGUACUAUGCCAAUCACACUGAGGAGAAGACUCAAUGGGAACAUCCGAAAACUGGAAAAAGGAAACGAGUAGCAGGAGAUUUGCCGUAUGGAUGGGAACAAGAAACCGACGAGAAUGGACAAGUGUUUUUCGUCGACCAUAUAAAUAAAAGAACCACCUACUUGGACCCCAGGCUGGCCUUCACCGUGGAUGACAGUCCCACAAAGCCGAGCAGCAGACAGCGCUACGACGGCAGCACCACCGCCAUGGAGAUCCUGCAGGGCCGCGACUUCAGUGGCAAGGUGGUCGUGGUGACCGGAGCGAACUCAGGAAUAGGGUUUGAAACUGCCAAGUCUUUUGCCCUCCACGGUGCCCACGUGAUCCUGGCCUGUAGGAAUAUGGCGAGAGCCAGCGAGGCAGUGUCGCGCAUCUUGGAAGAAUGGCACAAAGCCAAGGUAGAAGCAAUGACCCUGGACCUCGCUCUGCUCCGCAGCGUGCAGCAUUUUGCUGAAGCGUUCAAGGCCAAGAACGUGCCUCUUCACGUGCUCGUGUGCAACGCCGCUGCAUUCGCUCUGCCCUGGAGCCUCACGAAGGAUGGCCUAGAGACCACCUUCCAGGUGAACCACCUGGGACAUUUCUACCUGGUGCAGCUCCUGGAGGAUGUUCUGUGCCGCUCAGCCCCUGCCCGUGUGGUGGUGGUCUCCUCCGAGUCCCAUCGGUUUACGGAUAUUAACGAUUCCUCGGGGAAGCUGGACUUCAGCCGCCUGUCCCCAUCGCAGAGUGAGUACUGGGCCAUGCUGGCCUACAACAGGACCAAGCUGUGCAACAUCCUCUUCUCCAACGAGCUGCACCGGCGCCUCUCCCCGCGCGGGGUCACGUCCAACGCGGUCCACCCUGGGAACAUGAUGUACUCCUCCAUCCACCGCAACUGGUGGGUGUACACGCUGCUGUUCACCUUGGCACGGCCAUUCACCAAGUCCAUGCAACAGGGAGCUGCCACCACGGUCUACUGCGCAGCUGCUCCAGAGCUGGAGGGCCUGGGAGGGAUGUACUUCAACAACUGCUGCCGCUGCCUGCCCUCUCCAGAAGCUCAGAGCGAAGACACGGCCCGGGCGCUGUGGGCGCUCAGUGAGAGGCUGGUCCAGGAACAGCUGGGCGGCCAGGCCAACUAGGAGCUGGGACCUGGACGGGUCUCACGCCCGUGCACCUGCGGCACCGCGGCCAAAGCCAGCCCCUUCCACUUAGCCUCCCGGGGGCUUCCACGUCCCUCCAAAGCAGAUCCACGAGCGUAAAGAAGCAAUUGCAAAGGAGCAAAAAAUGUUAAGCACCAAUGGGAAGCAGGGAAUCGCAGGGUCAAGGGACAAGACCGCUUCUCUGGGGUUGGAAUAGGUGUGGGUCCCUUUGCUUUCUGGUGGUGGACUGAUGGAAGGGCAAAGCUUGAUGGGUGUGCAGUUCUUUCUCCCACUGUAGAAGCGCAAGCAAUUCGCUCUCAUUUUUGGCAUAGUCUGGUGUCCCCUUAUCCCACACAGCCACCAUCCUGGCCACCACUGUAGUAGAGGCUGGCUUUCUCCUGCUUAGGGAAGAACAAACAAAUGCACAUCCUUUCAUGCUACAGAGACCCAGGAAAUACUUGUUUCAUUCAUCCCACCAAGUCUGAGGUGGCUUGGCAACUCCCUGGAGACAAUCUCCGAACCUCUGUCCAGCCAUGUGAAACAGGGACACCCAGAGCCAGUGCAGCGGGUGGAGCCAGCGGGCAGAAAAGUGCAGGUGGAUCUUCAACUCCCUUGCCAAAGCUAUACAAAAAAAUUUUUUAGAGAUUAUAUCAAAUUUUGCAAAUUAUUUCUUAGAUACUUGGACGAGCAAGAAAGGAGGCAUCAUGUCCUUAAGGGUAUGUGAAAUAUUCUUAGGGUGGGGAAUAAAAAUACUUCCCUUGUUCUUCACUCAGAGGUUCCAGAACAGCCCCGUGGCUGGGUUUCACCGCCUGCUGCUGCUUCCUCCUGUUCCUCCCAUCCCAUGCUUAAUAAAAGAGCAUGCUUGACUAUUUCACCUGAAGUUCAUUUAAAGUUUCUUUAAAAGUCCCUAUCGUUUCUUUAAAAGUUCAUUGUAGUUUUUUUGUUUUUGAAAUUUUUUUUUUUAGAAAAGAAAUCUAGAGGAAAAAUAAAGCGCUUCUGUGGACGCUA